AUGAACUUUCUACAAUCACAUCCUGAUGUGUCAUAUCUUGUCUUCCAGUUGCUGGAGAGGGAAGAUCUCAAAGAUAUCUGCCUGUUGUCAAAGUCGUGUAAUGCAUUAGCUACGCCACUACUGUACCGAUCAGUGGUCCUGGAGUUUGAAGUCGAAAGGAUAGUAGGAGCAAAUCUGCAUGAACCGGCGGGCCCCGAAGAGAAAAUCUAUCUGUUCUCAUCGCUUUUGUCUCGUCUUUUGGAUGAUGGAAAUGCCCAUGUUAGAAGCUGGGUACGGGAUAUUACAGUCAGACGGGCAUCUUACUACGAUGGCUCGAAUACUAUGUCAGAGUUUGAGCCGUCUCGUGAUGUACUCACCGCACUGCUUGAAAGGUUGCCGAACGUACAAAAUAUCUAG